CUCAUUCCAAUCAUAUUCUCUCAAUAUAUUCAUCAUAAUUCAUCAUUCUUGCGAUAGUUCUUCUUUUUCUAUAUAAAAUUUCUGCAAAUUUGUUCUCUCCUCUCUCUUGUUGCAAUGGCAGGAGGUCAAAGAAAACGAUCUCGCACCGGGAAGAACGUUGCUUCCUCCUCGGCUCCUCCUCCACCACCGGCGCACAAGUACCUCGAUGGGUCGUUCCUUUGGUUCAACGACCGCGCAGAGGCAACGCGGUUCUCGGAGAAGUUUGAGCACCGGGAAAUUCUCCCUCCCCGGUUCUCCACCGCACGCUUCAUUCACGAUUCCAUUCCACGGGAGGCACGGGUCAUCCUCCAAGAAGGAAACUUCCUCGACCUACUCUACAUCAAGAAGAACGACUAUCAACCUUUUCUUGUUCGAGCCUUCUACUCGAACUUGAAAAAGGAUGAGGACGGAUCAUUGAUUUCAAACGUCAAUGGGGUAGAGAUCUAUUUGAAUGAGGAAAACAUUCAAAUCCUCACCGGGCUUCGUCGGGACGGACAGGAUCUCGGGCUCUACGUCGGAGAAGAAGGAGCGCGGUUCAACGAGACCGCCCUCUUGGAGGAAGUGGGCAUCCGAAACUUCGUCCCCACUCCUCAACAGCGGCGUCCUACGAUUUCUUCCAUGAGUCCCGUGUAUCGUUUCAUCUUCUGUGUGUUGACACGGAUCCUCAAGCCCAGGAAGUUCAACCACACCACUCUCUCCCAAGAAGACACGAAGACGAUCCAUGCGAUGAUUCACAACGCCAAUAUCAAUUGGUGUAAAUUUGUGAUGAUCCACAUGUUCAACGCCACCUCCGACAACCGGCCGCUCCCCUAUGCUCUUCUCGUCAUGGCAAUCCUUGAUGAGUACCACAUCAAGACGGACGUCGGGCCGAAAUGCAAAGGGACGAAGCAUUGGGUGAUUGACGAGUCCUCCUUCCACCCGGGAACCGAUGAAGCUACAUUCCCGUAGCCUCGUCCUCGUCGCCAACCGAGAGCUACUGCCUCGACUGCCACCGCUUCAACCAAUCUUUCUCUCGCCGAGCAAAUGGCGGCUUUGACCACUACCUUGUCUCGGAUAGACACCAACGUCUCCAAAACGGCACACAACGUCGAUAUUUUGAGCCGUGA